AUGUCUGAGGUGAGGAAAAGGCCGUCAAACUCGCUAUUGGGAAUAAUCAAGGAGGUUUUCAAUUGGUAUCCAUCGUCUUAUCCGCUCGAGGAGAGGAAGUUGCUGUUCAAACUUGAUGUCUCUAUCUUGGUUUUUGCCUGCCUUUGCUUUUUUGUCAAGUUUCUGGACCAGACCAAUAUCACCAAUGCCUACGUGAGCGGCCUCAAAGAGGACUUCGGUCUGUAUGGGAAUGAACUUAACUACUUCAACAUCUGCUACUACACUGCCUAUGUAGUAUUCCAGGUGCCUGGGAUGCUUCUAAUGUCGCGGCCAACUCUGGCUCGCUGGCUUCUCCCUGGACUCGAAAUUCUCUGGGGAAUCUGCACCUUCGCUCAGAGUCGAGUAACGAAUGUCCACCAGUUGUACGCCCUGCGGUUCCUAGUAGGAAUGUUCGAAGCCCCGGUAUUUGCAGGGACGCACUUCAUCUUAGGUUCAUGGUACUCUGGCCCCGACCUCUUUAAGCGCGCAGGGACCUGGUUCAUCUGUAACCCGCUAGGGACAAUGGUGAGCGGGUAUCUCCAAGCAGCAGCAUACACCAAUCUCUCCGGUGUCGGAGGGAUGCCUGGAUGGCGCUGGUUGUUUAUCAUCGACGGCAUAUUUACCAUCCCUGUGGCACUGAUAGGGUUUGUGAUAUUCCCCGGCAUCCCAGACUCUCCGCCGCCGUUUUUCCUUUCAAAACGGGACAUUGAGAUUGCAAAGGAGAGAAUCAAGAAAGCGAAUAUUCGGAGACCGGGGAGGCUGGGUCUUGAUGUGUUUAAACGGAGUCUGAGAAGGUGGCAUAUCUGGGUAUUCUUGUUUUGUUAUGCAUGCAUGAUCCUCUCCUCCUACCCAAGCUCAUACAUGAGCCUCUGGCUCAAAGACGAGGGAUACUCAGUCACGCAAAUCAACCAGCUGCCCACGGUUAUUCACGCCAUUACAAUAGUUGCCUCAUGGUUAGGGACCACAUUGGCAGCAAUAAAUCCAUCCUGGAUUAUAUACACCCUGAUAUCGCUGAGCUCCUUGUUCUCGACGCUUUGCAUGUGUAUUUGGGAUAUCCCGACAGCGUUAAAGUUCGUAGCCUGGUACUUCUUCGGUGUGUCGGGCUGUGCAAGUCCAAUUUUGUACUCUACAGUCAACACUGUCGUUAAGGAUGAUUCUGAAGAAAGGGCGUUGAUCAUGGGCGCAAUGAUGACAUUCGGCUACUCUUUCCAAAUCUGGGUCCCUUUGCUACUCUUCCCUACGGCUGGUCCAGACGGCGCCCCGCGCUGGCGAAAGGGGUGGCCGGUGACAUUCGUCUUCUACUUCUUCCUCUGGGCUGGGUUUAUCACCGCGAUUGUGCUGCAUAGAAGGGAUAGAAAACGGAAUGGCGUGGCUGGGACGGGCUCGGAGUCGGAGUCUGAUGACGCAGUGCUGAGGAGCCCGGCUCUUGAGGGGGAGACGGAGGUUGUAGUUGAGAAUGCAAAGGCAGGAGAGCAGAAGGGACUAUAG